AUAUAAAUAUGGGAAAUUCCAAAUCGAUUUCAAGGAAACAAAACAUUAAUUUGGAAGAUGAGCGGCAAAGACAACAAAGUAAUGAUUCCAGCGGAUUUAAGGAAGAAUAUUACUUACCUAAAACAGAACCUCAAAUUGACCGGUUGCAACGCCAGCAUUUUAUCGUCCAACAUAUAUUCGGAUCUAACUUUUAUUGUCCUAUGGAAGAGACGUUAAAUAUGGGUGCUCGUGUUUUAGAUGGAGGAUGUGGGCCGGGAGCUUGGCUUCUUGACAUGGCGACGAAUUAUCCAAAUUCUCAAUUCUUUGGUGUUGAUAUUGAACCAGUUUAUCCGAGUCAAAUAAAACCGGAAAAUACAAACUUUCACCAGUGUGACUUGACGAAGUUGGAACAAUUAGGGUUCGAGGAAAACUCAUUUGAUAUGGUUCGAACAGGUCACCUGUUUCUUUCGCUUAGCAAAGAAGAUUAUACCAAAAUUAUUGAGAAAAUGUUAAAGUUUCCGGGUGGAUAUUUUGAAAUUUCGGAAUCAGAAUCCAUUCUCUCUAAUGGUGGUCCAAAGAUGACACGAAUGGCGAACACGAUUGUAGAGGGUCUUAAAAAAAGCACCGAACUCACCUUAAAUUACGAAAAAAUGUUUCUCGCCACCGAGCAACUAUUAAACAUUCAACAAGAGACACGAGUAGUAAAGAUUGGCCCACCUGGUGGCAUCGCCGGAGAACUGCAUUUAAGCUAA